AUGCUCGCCGCCAUCGGUCCCGUCACGAUGAACUUCCCAUUCUCAUUCCCGUACGACGACGACGACGGUGGCGACCUGGGUGCUCAGUCCAUUCUUGAUCCCUCGUUUAUGAUGACAAUGAAUGAGGAAGAUCGACUACUACUACUGCUCUCACCACCAUGGCCAGCUGCUGCUUCCACGGUUUUUCCCUUCCGGCAACAAUCCCAACAACAACGACAGCAUGAACAGGAACAAGAACAAUAUCACCAGAGACACGCAGACCCACAGAUCCCCGCCACCAGCGAUGUGCCUUCGCAAUCUCCAGACACAACCACAAACACAAACACAAACACAAACACAAACACCCCCUCUUCACAAUCCACCUCUCCUCCAGGCUCAAACACAACGACGACAUACCGAAGCGAGACCUCGCGCUGGCGCGCCCUGGUCGGCCGCGACCCCCGCGCCACCGACGCCUUCGUCUACGCCGUCGUCACCACCAAGAUCUACUGCCGCCCGGACUGCCGCGCGCGGCUGGCCCGGCGCGCGAACGUUCGGUUCUACGACCUCGCCGCCCACGCCGAACGUGGGGGGUUCCGGGCGUGCAAGCGCUGCAAACCAAAUCGCGCGAGGGCGGCGUUCGGGGGUGUACCCGGGGGUGUCUCGGCGUCAUCUUCGUCUUCAUCGUCUUCGUCGAUUUCGUCGUCGCCAUCCCAUCGGCCAGAGGGACAUCCCACUCCAACGUCGGGGGCGGAAUCCGUGUCAUGUCGGAGAAUCUUGCCUGGGUGUGCAUCAGCCCAGACCAGUCUCGGGACAGAUGGCAGGAGAAAGAACGACCGCAAUGGCAAUGGCAAUGUAGAUGCGGCGGCCGCAGAGGACGCAGAGGACGUGGAAGAAGAAGAAGAGGAAGACAUCCACGCCAAGAUCCACCGCGCCGCCCUCCUCGUCCGGCAAGCGGCGUCGUCGGACAAGGCCCAGGUCCUGAGCCUCGCCCAGCUGGCCGCGCAGGUCGGGCUGAGCAAGUGGCACCUGCAGCGCGUGUUCAAGGCCCUCCGGGGUGUGUCGCCGCGCGAGAUGGCCGAGGAGAUCAUCCAGGCCAACAAGCAGGCGGCCCCAACGGCGGGGGGGCUGCGGGUGGUUUCCAGCGGCGAGCCGACGAGCACGAACACGCCGUCAUCGAGAUGGAGAUCGUCUUUGCUGACCGACACUGCUGUCUCCGCCGCCGACGAGGAGGAGGAGAAGGAGGAGUGGGAGUCGUCCGACGCAUAUGCCCGUGCAUUUCCCGCAUCUCACCCUCCUCCUGCGAACCCGAGCGUGGCAGAUGACAUGAUAUCAUUUCUCCAGCCGCCGCCACAAUCGGCCAUGCUGCCCCUGCUGCAAAAUACCGGUGUGGACUGGUUCCACCACGAGGACAACACCGUCAACAGCAGUAGUGUCCGGCUACCCUCGGACUAUCAGUACAUUGCCGACGAUGCUGGUCCGAGUCUGAGCACAAUGCCUCUACACACGGGUGUGGGUAUGGGUGUGGAUAUGGAUAUGAACAUCGAUAUGGACAUGGUGGACAUGGACGACAUCCACGCCGCCGCCGAAGUGCAAGGUCUGCUGCGCGACCUGUUCCCGGAUAUCCUCGUUUAUUGA